GCAGGCGCACUCGGGCGUCCUCUGCGGUGCCCUCGUCAAAGCUUAUCCGACAGGCGCGGCGCAUGCGCGUUGCGUCUCCUCCCACUCGGUAGGAGCCAUUGCCGUUGCCCAGGGAGCAACGCGGUGCCGCCAUGGCCGGGCUGCUGAAGAAGCAUCUGAGGAUACUCUAUACAAAACUUACUGCUGUUCUGCAGAACAUCCCCAAAGAUGCAGCAUAUAGAAAAUACACAGAAGCAAUUAUAAAUGAACGACUUAAUAUGGUAAAAACAGAACCUGAUGUACAAAAACUGGAAAACAAAAUAAACGGUGGGCAGAUAGAAGAAGUCAUUUUGCAGGCUGAAAAUGAACUUAAUCUAGCAAGAAAGAUGGCACAGUGGAAACCAUGGGAGCCUUUAAUUGAAGAACCUCCUUCUGACCAGUGGAAGUGGCCAGUAUAAGAUUUAGCAUUCUCUGUAAAUUCUUGAGGAUUGAAAAACAUUUAAUUAAAACAUUGGUCUGAUAUUACUGAAAAUUGUUUGUUUGCCUUUAAAUUAAAGGAAUUACUGUUA